ACUCACAACUAUGUUUGUUUAAUAUUUUUCUCUCGCUAUCGAAGGUGGGGAACGUCAUUUCUCGGCUUUGUCUCUGCAACCUCUGUAUCGGAAGGGGUUUCUAGGCUUAUAGUUGUCUCCAUCUUCCCUUUCCGUCGCUCACUCUAGCUUUAUCGACGAAAAAGGUUCGAAAAAGAGAAAGAAAGUUAAAGAAAACCAUAAAUUCCGCCAAUUCGCCAUUACACUGUGAAUGAUUUGCCAUCUUUCUCUCUCGAUCCAGGUAGCUGUUCCAAAUCGCUCCCGUUCUUUUUUCAGAUGUUUUGCCCUAACGAGGAAGUCAACGAAUUGGAGGUAGACAGACUAGAAUUAUUCAACUGUUCAUGCCUUUAGCAAUUUUCGAUGAUAUAUUCUGCUCGGUGGAGAUUUCUCAUGUUUACGACGACUAUAAAUUAAGAACUACAUCUUUUAUCUUCAAGAAUCUUGUACUGGAUAAAUUUGCGAGAGGUAGCUGACUUGGCAUUUCAUCUUCUGAUGUCAUCGCUCUGAUUGUUGGUGUAUUUGUUGGAGAAUGAUACGGCUCCCCUUCAGUUUAUGAAAUUAGUUGUUAAUACGUUCUUUGAAAGAUAUAUCAAUGGCGUUUGGUAUGUGUUAAACUUUGAGUUUGAUCUCCAAGAAUCUUGUUCUGGGUAAAUUUGCGAGAGGGAGCUCACUUGGUAUUUCGUCUUCGUAUGUCAUCGCUCUGAUUGUUGGUGUAUUUGUUGGAGAAUGAUACAGCUCCCCUCCAGUUUAUAAAAUUAGUUGUUAAUAUGUUUUUUUGAAGAUAUAUCAGUGGCGGGUGGUAUCUGUUGAACUUGCAUCAAUGGUGGUUGCAUACGCUAUAAGGAACCGGAGAGUUCUUCUGCUGGAAAUGUUGGAUUAGCAUAUGCAGUCUUCAAAUUGAAUGCUUUUACCAGGCAUUUUUGGGUUUUCAAACUGAAGAUAUGAGGAAUUACUGACGAUCCAAGCUCGGAAUCUUUUAUUAGGUUGGAGUUCCGAAUGGUUGCUACAUUUUCUGAGAGAGUUGGAAUUGGGCUUUUGGAUUUUAAGGUGCUGCUUAACGUAUGCUGGCCUCUCUCACUCAAACUUCUAGGGGAUAACUGUUGCUCCUCAUUGUCAAAAAUUUGAUUUAUUUUCCUUUAUUCCAAGUAUCUAACAAUGAGCUCAGAGGGUAUUUGUCAGUACUCACCAGCACAGCCAAUUGAAACUGAACCAAAAUCUCAGAAACGACAAUCCAGGAUUUCUUAUACAAGAGAGUUUCUUCUGUCAUUGAGCAAGUUGGAUGUUUGCAAAAAGCUGCCGAGAGAUUUUGAUCCAUCAAUUCUAAGUGAAUUUGAGGAGGCAUCCGAUAGCAUACCAGAGCGGCAGAAAAUUCCUGGAGGCUUAUCUUUGCAGAGUUUCAGGUGCAGUGAUUAUGGAUCUUCGCCUCCCACCCGGGGUGAUUCCAGUAAUUAUUCACGAGGAUGCCAGGGGAGGUGGGACAUUCGUUCGUCUGAUUCAAAUGAUAAAGAUGCCGACUCACAGUCAGAUUGGAAUUCAGAUGUAGCACAAGUGAGGAUUCCGUUGCAUGGAAGGAAAGCUGACAGUGGGACUCUUGACCAAUGAUUGCCAUUUUCAAUGCCAUUUACCGCAGUGAUCUACCAGAACUAAUGUGUAAUGAGAUA